UCGAAAAAUGUAUCAACUGCGAAAACGCGAAUAGAAACCUCGGAAACAGCGACGUACCACUUGAAAUUUCACACCCGGUUUGGAGCAUAACUUGCCCGAUGUUUCAAAAACAAUUGAAGCGAACCAAGCAGCGUACCGAUUAUUCGACGUAGCAACGAAUUCAUCACAACCACAACACUUCUACAAGCCCACUGAUGGAGACUUCAUUCCACUUCUCUGAGCCAGUCGAGUCCCCUGGUCUCUCAGGUAAACGCUCUCAGAGUAUAUGUCCUGCCGAAGUUUUUCUAGAUUCUACACACCAAAUAAAUGAGACAACUUUGCAGUCACCUCGCAUCGCUCAUACUCAUCGCGUAUGGCCAAUAGAACCCCAUCAUCAUCAUGUGGCUUCCUCUGAAGCUUCCAAUUAUCAUGCCGGAUCACUCACACGCCGAGGUAGCUCACCAGUACUUUCCCCCUUACGUUCAACCGCACACAACGAUGACGCGAAAGACUCUCCAACGGAUUUCCUACAGACAACAAGCACACUGAACCUCUCUAAGCCAGUCGAAACUCCUGGUCUCCCAGAUAUCUCCGACUCUCCGCAUGCCCUCGUCAUCUGUUUCCAGUAAACAAGGCCCCUCUCGUUCUCUACUAUCAAUCUACUACCAGAAUGUCCGUGGUCUCCGCACUAAGGCUAAUGAAUUCCUCAUAUCAACAUACAAUGACGACUACGACAUCAUCGUUCUUACUGAGACAUGGCUGAGUGACGAGUUCACUUCUAGGCUGUUAUUUGGCGAACACUAC